UCCGCUUUUGGCGAGCCAAUCCGCUCACAGACGGAUUAGCACGCAGUGGAUCUCCCUUUACACCCCCAUUAUACCGCAAUCAGAGAUUCUGGUUAAUGAAGUUGGUAGGGGGAAGGUACGGUACGUCGGAUCGGUCCAUACCUGCCUGACCAAGGUAGCCCGUCGUUUGCUCCUCAGACAAACGACGCACUGCGUCACUUCGCAUCGCAUCGCAUCGCAUCGUAGCGUCUUACUUCCAGCCAACCCCUUCAAUUCCUUUUUUUUAUCCUUUUCCUAUACUUAAUUUAAAGGGGCUCCCGCUGAAGGGACCUACUCCCGCGCUGCAACCGAUCGAGCCGAAUCAAGACCUUCGAUAUGGGGUUCCUGGGAGUGUACCGGGCUCUCUACGACUACGUGCCCCAAGCUGAGGGCGAGCUCGCAAUAAACGAUGGAGACUUGCUCUUUAUCCUGGACAAGAAUGGCGACGACGGCUGGUGGAAGGCAAAGAAGAAGGCUGGAGCUGACGACGAGGAAGAGCCAACCGGCCUUAUUCCUGGUAAUUAUAUCGAGGAGGCCCAGCCAGUAGACCAUGCUAGAGCUCUAUUCGACUACACGCGCCAGACAGAUGAAGAAUUGUCGUUUCAUGAGGAUGCUACGCUUGCUGUCUACGACACGUCGGACCCCGACUGGAUCCUGACUGGCCUCGAUGGCGAUUAUGGCUUUGUCCCCUCCAACUACAUCGAAAUGGGCGCACCUGCUGAGUCUGCUCAGCCGCCGUUGCCGUCUCCGCCGCCAGCGCUACCUUCAAGACCACCACAGGCUCCCUCGAUCUCCUCCCCCGAGCCAGAGGCGGCAUCUCCGGAUCUACCGAAUGAUACUCCUCCCAACCCUGCUGCUGCUAUCGCAGGCGUCAUGCAUGGUCGCUCAGUUUCCCAACAAUCUCAGCAACCUGCCGCUCCACGACAACCCCCUCGUGCGUCCGUCACGUUUAGCGAACCCCCCGAAGUUGAGGACGAGCCCGUCCGAUCACCGACCCUGCCAGCCCGACCACGGGUACCAGCGCCACCAUCUCCAACUUAUGACGAACCCGCCUCCCCUAUACACACCCGCAGUUUCCAAGACCAUAGGGACCCAGAUCGUCGCCAAGAUGUUGAGCGUACUCCUGGCGGCUUUCAUAUGUAUAACAUCAACGAAAUGAUUUCUAUCAUGGGCAAGAAGAAGAAGAUGCCCACAACAUUAGGAAUCAAUCUUUUAACAGGUAUCAUACUGGUUGCUCCAGAGCAUGCUUCUGAUGGACCUUCACAGGAAUGGACUGCUGACCGCAUGACGCAUUACUCGCGGGAGGGAAAGCACGUUUUUAUGGAGCUUGUGCGCCCAAGCAAGAGCGUCGACUUCCACGCCGGAGCAAAGGACACAGCCGAGGAGAUUGUCAGUAUGUUGGGCGAAUUGGCUGGUGCUGUACGUGCCGAAGGACUCCGUGAGGUGAUCAUGGCUGGGACACAAGGUAGCAGUGGCGGUGGCCAGAAGAAAGGUCAGGUGCUGUAUGACUUCAUGGCCCAAGGUGACGAUGAGGUAACUGUUGCUGUGGGAGAUGAGGUGCUUGUUAUCGACGAUACGAAGAGCGAAGAGUGGUGGCAAGUUCGCCGGCUCAAGAAUGGUAAAGAAGGAGUCGUCCCUAGCAGCUAUAUUGAGAUUACCGGCUCUAUCCCACUGCCCUCAUCUAGCGGCAUAAACUCAGCCAAAUCUCUCGUCGAACAAAAUCGCCUCGAGGAAAUCCGAUUGACCAAGGAAGCCAUGAAGGCUGGCAAAGAACCUCAGCAGGUAGGACCUGGAAUGCCUCUUCCCGAACGAGGCAGUAGCCUCAUGGCACGAGAAACUGGUAGUAAUUCAGGACAACAGCGGAGCCGUCGAGAAAAUGGACGAAGUGAUGGCGGCAGUCAAAGCCGAUCGAAGUCUAAGCCUGACGCGUCCAAGGUGCGCACCUGGACAGACCGAUCCCGGUCUUUCAGUGUGGAAGCCCAAUUCCUUGGUCUGAAGGACGGGAAGAUCCACUUACAUAAGAUGAAUGGUGUCAAGAUUGCAGUUCCUAUCACAAAAAUGUCGCGCGAGGACCUCGAGUAUGUUGAAAACUUCACAGGUAUAUCCCUGGAAGACGACAAGCCGUUGGCAGACGUCAAGCGAGCCAGGUCUGCUGAAAAGAAAUCCCCCGAACGCAGCCCUUCGGCAGGCGCAACGAUUGACAAGGAUCCCAAGUCUGACUACGACUGGUUUCAGUUCUUCUUGUCUUGCGAGGUUGCAGUGGGCUUGUGUGAGCGCUAUGCACAAGCCUUUAUCAAGGAUUCGAUGGACGAGAGCGUGCUUCCUGAUGUUGACGCCACCACUUUGAGAGCCCUUGGAAUUCGUGAAGGUGAUAUCAUUAAGGUCAUGCGCACCUUGGAUGCCAAAUACGGCCGCAGUCGCGGUGGGAAGAAAGGAGGUGCCGAUGGAGUUGAUGGUGAAGGGGGUUUAUUCUCUGGACCUGGCGGUGCGCUACGAAACAACACCCGCAAGGGCCGACCCGCACCAGCAAUCCAAACAAGUGAUGUUGUUGAUGCCAGUGCCUUUUCGCGAGGCGAUUCCUCCAAGACUGGUGGUAAUGACAGCAAGUCACCCCCGCCCACAAGCCCUGCGAACAAGAGCCCCGAAACUCGUCAAGCAGCGAGCUCAGGAUUCGACGACGAUGCUUGGGACGUGAAGCCAAGCAAGCAGCAAUCGCCGCCUAAAGCUCAGCCGCCUGUUGAGUCUACUCAGAAGCCUGCUCCUGAGCCUGCCCCCGUUUCACCCCCUCCUCCGGCCUUGACUGGCUCCAUGCAAGAGUUAUCGCUUCUCUCAACGCCUCUCGAACCCACCAGGGCUGAGCCAGCACCCGCCCCGGCCCAGGCGCCUGUCAUCGCUGCUCAGCCAACCUCGACACCCGUGUCGCAACCGUUGGGCGGCGCUACCCCCUCAUUCUUUACAUCUGUUGCUCAGGCUCGACAACGUCCUACUCCGCCACAAGGUACUGCGAACCAGGGCUCUCUUGUUCCUCCACCACCUCAGCGACCUCUUUCAGCUCCGCAAUCAGCUCAGCCCAGCGGUUUUGCCCCUCCUCCCAUGAUGCCUCAGAUGACGGGUGCUCUGCAAGGCCAAGUUGCUCCUCCCGGCCAGAGCCUGAGCGAGAUCACACAAGCCCGCCUGCAGCAGCAAUACACGGCUCAGAUGCAGCAACAGCAAGCCCCUCAGCAAAUGCAGCCCAAUAUGACUGGAUUUCCAGGACAACAAGGCCCUGGCUUAAUGUCUUUCCCUACCGGUGCCGGACAGUUCAUGCAGCCCAUGAUGACAGGAAUGCAGGGACCGAAUCAGUUUGCCCUAAUGCAAGCUCAACCCACAGGUUUUCAACCAUCCUUUCCCGCCACGCAGUCGAUGUAUGGAGCACCUACAGGAGGUAUCAACAGCUACCUGCCUCCAGCUCUCGAACCCCAGCGAACAGGUAUGCCAGGCUUGCAGCCCCAAGCUACUGGCAUGACGAACAUGGGUGGUAUUGGUGGUAUGAAUAACGCACAAGUCCCUCAGCCUCUGCAACCACAACAGUCUGGCCCACCCCCUCCCGUGCGAUUUGGCGUGACAAAUGAGACCAAGAAACUAGCGCCUCAAGCAACAGGGCGUAGGGCUAACUUGGCGCAAGCGACCCCCCAGAACCCCUUUGGUUUUUAAUUCUUGAAAAGCUUGUGAAAACUGGUCGUCAUCGCACGUCUUUUCGUCAUGUUUGCAAAUACUCUGGACACAUUUCUUCACAUCUUGUAUGUAUAUGUAGACUUUGUCGGGUGAACCAACCUGGGAGUCAGGUGUGGAAUAAUAAUAGUAUAU